AUGUUCCGUAACCGAAACAAUACCCAGAAGCCUGAUGAUGAACUCAUCAGUCGCUUCCAGGAAACAUUUUCUGAGAUAGUUCCCGGCGAGAAGGCGACCACGAGCUUGAAGGACACACCGGAAGUGGAUUUGGAAGCGGGUGCUGAUUUGGCCAUUUUUGGAUACAGACCGAUGAACCACGAUCCUCACUUAAAGAUGGAGGAGGUUGGCAUGAAAUUUCACAAUCAACGAACCCCUCGCAACCUGCAGGAUCUCAACUUCAGCCCGUCAUGGAUGGACCCAACCGCCAUGCAGAUGAUGUCCUCUUUUGCUGGACAACAUCCUGGUUUCUAUACCCCCAACUCCGCCGGAAUGGGUGCUGUCUUUCACAAUGAAGCCGGAGACCUCCACACACCGACCGCUGGUCUGAAUAUGAUUACGCCACUCUCUGUCUCAAAUGCCAUGCCCGGUUCUCAACAGGGUCACCAUCCCAUGCAUAUGGACCAACAACUUCAACAGCAGUAUCUUUCGCAACAAAUGCCAGAUAUAAACCCCUAUAUUCAACAAUCAUCAUUUGCUCCUAGUGCAUUCAUGCACCGGGAUUCCUUCGACGCCAUGGAUGAGUCGGGCGACAAUCAAUCCCUUCCCAGCUUACCAGCCGACCAAGCCUCUAUUGUGACAUCCUCGACAGAUCAUUCAAAUGGGUUGUCAUACGCCCAAGGCGAAAACUUCCGAUACAAUGUCACUCUGCGAGCGCCAACCGCAAUGGUGAAACACAAGCGAGAAGUCCCAAUCAGCUACCUCAAUAAGGGACAAGCCUACAACCUGACAGUGAUAGACUCAACCCCACCCCUGGCCAGCUCCGAGCCUGUGAAAUACCGGACAUUUGUCCGCGUUUCGUUCGACGAAGAACAGCAAAGGGCGAAACCGUCAGUCUGCUGGCAAUUAUGGAAAGAAGGCCGAGGAUUGAACGAGUCACAUCAACGCGGAGGAAAAUUGUUGGCCGUGGAAUACGUUGACCCUCUCCCCGGGGGCGACGGCAACAAAAACCGCCAGAUCCAAAUCGAGCAGAUGUCAUUCGAUGGAUUUUGUGUUACUUGGACGGCGAACCCGGGAACAGGUGCAUCCGACUGCACUAUUCCCGUACGAUUCAAUUUCUUAUCAACCGAUUUCAGCCAUUCGAAGGGUGUCAAGGGUAUUCCGGUUCGAUUAUGCGCGAAGACAGAGAUCCUCGUACCAGGGGAAGAUUCCGGUGUAUCACGCGAACCGGAAGUAUCAUACUGCAAAGUGAAACUUUUCCGUGACCAUGGCGCAGAGCGCAAACUAUCCAACGACGUCGCACAUGUGAAGAAGACCAUCGAGAAGCUGAAGCAGCAAGUCGCACAGGCUGAGAUGGGCGGUGGUUAUGGCAAGCGGAAACGUGGCAGUGCCGCCCCAAAUGUGAAAAACGACCGGAACAUGAAGGGCUCGAAGCACAAGCGCACUUGGUCGACAGGCUCUGAUGAUGGACCCGUGGACAAAAUGUCCUUGGAAGAUGAUCUUCAGGCCAAGCUCGCCAUGAUGCAGGACAUGUUCUCAUCAACACGCACCGUGAGCGUUCUUGCGCUUCGCGGCGAACAGGAUGAUGAUCCCGAUCUUUUCCCGGUUCGAAUGCCAGCCGACGGUGACAGUGCUCAAGUGGACGGUUUGGAACGCCAGAACCACAGCGCUUCCCACUCCAUGGAAUCGUUGAUUCUUUCUCCGAGUAGCAGCAACGCUUCUUUGAAUUCUCCCCGUUUAGGCAACUUUACGAGUAUGAAGAACUCUUCCGGGGUUCACAAGGUUGCUACAGAGGAUUCCACGAUAGGCUAUAUCGAGGCUAUCGAUAUCGACCCGACCUAUCAUCCUCCAGCAGAGCGACCACCCAAGCCGAUCGCAUGCUUCUACGUUAGAUUUGCCGGAAACGACCAACAUCCCGACUUUUACCGAGCGAUCUACCUCACAGAACGUACCGUCCGAGACCUGAUGAAGAAGAUCUCCGAAAAGCACCACAUCGACCCAUCACGCAUCGUCCGUAUCCUGCAUGUCAACCAGAACGGACUUCGGAUCAUGGUUGAUGACGACGUCGUGCGCGAGCUUCCAGAAGGUCAAGACAUGAUCGCCGAUAUUUAUGAAGCUCAAGGCCCUGGCGGCGGCUUCCACGGGUCUCCCAUGGAGAUCAAAUUAACCUAUUAA